CUCACCCACUACCAGUCUUGAGUCUCCCACUACUCGGAAAGCCGAAAAGCUUGACCCCUUUGUAGUUUGGAUGAUUACUUGAAGUAAACAUUUGCUGACUUGCAGUAGACUGUUAUCUCUUUCUCUGAAUAUGGCCGCGGUGCUGGACUCUCUGAAAGAGUUUAUAAAGUUUCCACCCAUUCAAUCUUAUUCGUAUAGAAGAACCCAUUUUCAUUUGGUGUGCUGCCACAAAAAACAUGGGUUGGUCAUCUUCCUUAGGCUUAGAGAAACCUCUCUGCAUGCUUCCUUUAGUACCAAUCUUUUUAGUUAUCAUAUCAGCUUUUUGUUCCAUCAACUCCUAUGCCAUGGCCUCAACCAACAAUACUACACCUCUCGAUCAAACCGAGGCCCUACUCAAAUGGAAAGCUAGCCUCUCCAGUAAAACCCAAUUGGUUCUCUCUUCGUGGAAACGUGUUACUGGUGAUUCUGCCAUGAAUUCUUCUUCCCUGUCUCACCCAUGCAAUUGGGUUAGAAUUUCUUGUAACCAGGAUGGAAGGGUCACUGAAAUUACUCUACCAAGCAUGGGUUUGCAAGGUACGCUCCAUAACUUGAGCUUCUCAUCACUUCCAGAUCUCGCUGGUCUUUAUCUUACUAAUAAUACACUCUUUGGCAACAUUGCACCACAAAUCAGUACCCUUUCCAAUCUCACCUACCUUGACUUAUCUGUCAACCAACUAUUUGGAGAAAUUCCACAGGAAAUUGGUUUACUAACAAGUCUCCAAGUUUUGUAUCUUCACCAAAAUUAUCUCAGUGGUUCAAUACCUUCAACCAUAGGAGAUCUAAGAUAUCUUACCGAUCUCGGUUUGCUAUCCAACAAUCUCAGUGGAUCAAUUCCAGCGUCCUUGGGUAAGUUGAGACACCUCAGCCUUCUAUACCUCUCUAAGAAUCAACUUUGUGGUUCAAUUCCUCCAGAGAUAGGAAAUUUAGUUUCUCUUACAGUAUUGUCAUUGCGAACAAAUAAUCUUACCGGCUCCAUUCCUUCAUCUUUGGGUAAUUUGAGAAACCUAACUUUUCUUUACCUAUACCAGAACCCUUUGUCAGGUCCUAUUCCUCCAGAAUUAGGAAACUUGAUAAAUCUAAUUCAGUUAGACAUGCCUGUUAAUCAUCUAACAGGCUCCAUUCCUUCCAGUUUGGGAAACUUGACUAAACUCACAUCCUUGCAGCUUUUUGAAAACCAGUUAUCUGGUUCCAUUUCAUCAGAACUAGGAUCACUUGAGUCACUUAUUGGGCUCAUAUUAUACAAGAACAACCUCACUGGUUUGAUCCCAACAUCCAUAGGUAAUCUGAGAAGUCUCAUUAAGCUAGACAUGUCCUCAAAUCAGCUUACAAGACCAAUCCCUCCCACUUUUGGCAGCAUGGCUAACCUCACCUAUCUGAACCUUGAUGGGAAUCAAUUAUCCAAUUCCAUCCCUCCAUCAUUAGGAAACCUAGAAUCUCUUAACCUUCUGAGCUUGAACACAAAUAGCCUUGUGGGUAUGAUCCCAACUUCUUUAGGUGAUUUGAGCAACCUUGUCUUACUUGAUCUUAGUAAGAAUGCACUCUCAGGCAUCAUUCCACCUCAUAUUGGUAAUCUUACCAAACUAAAAUACCUUGAUAUUUCUGUCAAUCAAUUCUCUGGUAAUAUUCCUUUAGAAAUUGGCCUACUUACAAGUCUUCAAAUCUUGUUCCUGGACCAGAAUCAUCUCAACGGUUCAAUACCUUCAAGCAUAGGAAAAUUAACAUACCUAACUAACCUAACAUUGUUUUCCAAUAACUUCACUGGUUUGAUUCCUACAUCCUUGGGUAAUAUGAGCAACUUAGCCAGUCUAUAUUUAUAUGACAAUGAACUUUCUGGUUAUAUUCCUCAAGAACUUGGAAAGUUGACAAACCUCAGUGAGUUAGACUUGUCCACUAACCAUUUAACAGGUCACAUCCCUUCUACAUUGGGAAACUUGACCAAGCUCACAGUCUUGCAGCUACUUCAGAAUCAAUUGUUUGGCCGCAUUCCUCCAGAGAUAGGAAAGCUCAAAUCUCUUAAAAAGCUAUUUCUCUUUGAGAAUGAACUUUCUGGUUCAAUUCCUCAAGAAAUAGGAAAUAUGACACAUUUAGUUAGUCUCCAGGUGCAUAACAACAAUUUCUCUGGUUAUUUGCCACAACAUCUAUGUAUGGGGGGGUCUCUAGAAAACUUUACUGCUGCUAAUAAUCAUUUCACAGGUCCCAUUCCAAAAGGCUUGAAAAACUGUACAAGCCUAUUCAGAGUUCGACUUGAAAACAACCGACUUCAAAUGUAUCAGAAGAUUUUGGUGUAUAUCCAUGGUUGAAUUAUAUGGACUUAAGUUAUAA